AUGGCGCCGGCUCGCAGGCUGUCCUCGCCUUCCCGGACGCUCGUUCUCGACAAUGGCGCCCACACGAUAAAAGCAGGAUAUGUGAUGGGCGAGGCCGUGGAUGAGCCUCGCGUGAUCCCGAAUUGCAUCGCGCGCGAUCGAUACAAGAACAUUUACGUCGGGUCCGAGCUCUCCAACUGCACCGAUUUCAGCGAGGUCGCAUUUCGGCGCCCGAUCGAGAAGGGCUUCGUCGUGAAUUGGGAGGCCGAGCGGGAGAUCUGGCAGCGCGAGUUCUUCGGCGACAAGGCACCGCAGUCGUGCGACCCCUCCGAGACGCGACUGUUGCUUUCCGAAGCCCCCAAUUCCCUCCCCACCUUACAGACGAAUUGCGAUCAGAUGGUCUUCGAGGAGUUUGGCUUUGCUAGCUACUAUCGCGGCAUCGGCCCGUCCUUCAAUGCCUACCACGAUAUUCAGGCCUAUUUUCGAACCCUGCGAGAUUCUGGAACUGCCCCCCUGCUCCCGGCUGAGAUCGUCUUGGUUAUCGAUUCCGGCUAUUCCCACACCACCAUCACUCCCGUCCUUCAGGGCAGGCCGAUUCACCCUGCUAUCCGAAGGCUUGACAUCGGGGGGAAAUUCCUGACCAAUUAUCUGACACGGUUACUUUCGCUCCGCCAUUACGAUAUGCGCAACGAGACUUACAUCGUGAACGAGAUGAAGGAGGCCGUAUGCUACACCUCUCUCGACUUCCAGGGCGAUCUUGAACGUACGUGGAAAGGUACGAGAGGCGAGCGGCGGCAACCUUACCUCGAUGGUGGAGGUAUAGCCAAGGAUUACGUCCUCCCCGAUUUUCACUCGAGGACCAAAGGUGUUGUGCGCGAAUUCGACCCCCUGCAGGCCUCGAGAGCAAAGAAACUGGCGGCCGUGAGAGCUGGCGAGUCGAGCGAGGACGUCCUGACUCUGAGGAAUGAACGGUUCACUGUCCCCGAGCUCCUGUUCCAUCCUUCUGAUAUUGGCAUGCGCCAACCGGGUAUUGCAGAUCUCGUCAUGCAAUCUCUGCGCGUGUUGCCUGUCGGGUUGUGGCCCGGCCUCCUCUCUAACAUUAUCGUCGUAGGUGGCAACUCUUUGUUCCAGGGGUUUGUUGAGCGGUUGCGGAAAGAAAUCGUUCAGCUUGCGCCCGACGAGUGCCUCGUUCGAGUUGGCCGUCCCGCAGACCCGUUGACGAGCACCUGGUUAGGCGGUGCUAACCUAGCUCGACACGAACAUAUCAACCUCCUCUCAGUCACGAAACAGGAUUACGAAGAAUACGGCGCGCCGUGGGUUGCCCGCAAGUUUUCCACCAGUUUGGGGACGUGA